AAACCAUCAGAAGAGGAACAGUGGAAAAGGGGGCGGUGCUCUCCACUGACGCUCCGCCAUGCUGCUCGGCCUCCUGCACCACAGCGGCCGCAGCUUGCUGACUCUCAGGACGCUGCAGACUGUGAGGAAAAGCUCGUCCUCCUCCCAGAUGGCCAAACGCGUCGCCGUGGUGCUGGCGGGCUGCGGGGUUUAUGAUGGAAGUGAAAUCCACGAGGCCUCCGCUGUCCUGGUCCAUCUGAGCAGAGGAGGUGCGACUGUGCAGAUGUUUGCGCCCAACAUCGACCAGAUGCACGUGGUGAACCACCUGAAAGGCGAGCCCUCUGAGGAGAAGAGAAACGUCCUGGUGGAGAGCGCGCGUCUCGCCCGCGGCAACGUCCGGGAUCUGUCUGAGCUCAGCGCCAAAGAGCACGACGCCGUUAUAUUCCCAGGUGGGUUCGGGGCAGCGAAGAACCUGUGCACGUGGGCGGUGCAGGGGAAGGACUGCUCUGUGAUCGAGGAGGUGAAGACCACCCUGCAGGCCUUCCACAGCGAAGGCAAGCCCAUCGGCCUCUGCUGCAUCUCGCCGGUCCUGGCGGCCAAGGUGUUCCCGGGCUGCGAGGUCACCGUCGGCAUCGAGAACGACGACAAGUAUCCAGAUACGGCUGACACGGCCGCGGCCAUCAAUCAGCUGGGCUGCAAACACGUCAGCAAGAGCGUCGGCGAGAGCCACGUGGAUGAGAAGAACAAACUGGUCACCACCUGCGCCUUCAUGUGCAACGCUCCCAUCCACGAGAUCUUUGACGGGAUCGGAUCCAUGGUGCAGGGCGUCCUGAAGCGUGCCUGAUCCCACCGAGACGUUGAAGGCUGGACGGACCGGGGGAGGGUAGAUCUGCCAAGUUAUUUUUGUAGACGCCUGCUGAGCUGAUGCUAAGGAAAUUCUAAUUCAAUUAUAAAAAGGUUACUCUCUAAAUGUUAGCUUUUAGGGGUUAAUUCUGGCUAGGCCAUGCUAGUUGAAUUUAAAUUUAGACAGAAUGGCUUUAUUUCAUAUUUCAUUGUACUCUAUCGGAGUCAUUUGUUCAUCUAUUUUCUGAGACUCAAUAAAUAAAACUUGCAUUGCA